GCGACGAGGUGAAACCGGAAGGAGAAAGUACUUCGUACUUCGUGCUUCGUACAGCAUACUGCGCACGAGAGUGGUGGCCUACCAGAAGGUACCUUACGUACCUCAUGUAUCCACCCCGGCACCCUGUCCAAAGAUGACCUAAGUACGGAUGGAUGGAAUACAAGCAUCCCAGCAUUACACUAAUUACGUCUUUCCCCCCCCAAGGCAACUACCUCUACCCAUCAACCAGCCAUUCUUUCAUCCCUCUGUCAACGACGCCAUCGUCCUAGUUCAAUAACCACAACACUUUGCAGUUCUUCGAUUUGCAUAUCAUUACAUAUCUAGGGUAUUGACACGACGUAAGGUGGACAAGAUGGAGGGACCUGGAAACGCCGCUCCCAAGCCGAGCAGCAGCGUGAAGCUCGUGCUACUGGGAGAAGCCGCCGUUGGCAAGUCAUCCCUCGUCCUGCGAUUCGUCAACAAUGAUUUCCAAGAGAACAAGGAACCAACUAUUGGAGCUGCGUUUCUCACACAAAAGUGCAACCUGCCGACACGGACAAUCAAGUUUGAGAUCUGGGACACCGCCGGCCAAGAACGUUUCGCCUCCCUAGCACCCAUGUACUACCGAAACGCCCAGGCCGCCCUCGUCGUGUACGACCUGACCAAGCCGACGUCGCUCGUCAAGGCGAAACACUGGGUGGCCGAGCUCCAGAGGCAGGCAUCGCCGGGCAUCGUCAUCGCCCUCGUCGGCAACAAGCUCGACCUGACCAACGACGGAGGGGCCGACGCCGGCGCCGACGCCGGCGCUGCAGGGGACGACGAGGGCGCGGAAGGGGAGGGGUCCGGGGACGCGAGGAAGAUCCCGACCGAGGAGGCCCAGGCCUACGCCGAAGAGGAGGGCCUGCUGUUUUUCGAGACGAGCGCGAAGACGGGCCACAACGUGACGGACGUGUUCACGGCCAUCGCCAACGCCAUUCCGGAAACAUCGCUCAAGAGCACAAGGGGUCCAGGCGGUGCGGCGGCCGCGGUGGGCCGGGGUGCCGACGAGCAGCGGGUGAACCUAUCUGGUCAGCGGGACAAUGCGGCGAAGGAAGGGUGCGCUUGCUGAUGGAAUGGCGAGGAGAGCGUCGUGGUUAUUUCGUUGGCCGGGUGUCUGUUCGAGGGCAGGGGGUGAUGGGGUGAUUAGAGAUUUGUCAAAGAGGCGAUACGUGCGC